AUGUCUGCCAACAUGUCCAUCAUCUCCGCUAAGGAUGCCUGCCCUCCUGCCGGCCCUUACUCCCAGGCCAUCCGCGCCAACGGCCAGAUCUUCGUCUCCGGCCAGAUCCCCGCUGACUCCUCCGCCAACUUGGUUGAGGGCAACAUCGGCGCCAAGACACAGGUUUGCUGCGAUAACAUCAAGGCUAUCCUGACCGCUGCUGGCUCCAGCGUGGACAAGAUCGUCAAGGUCAAUGUCUUCCUGACUGAUAUGGCCAACUUCGCUGAGAUGAACGCUACUUACGAGAAGUUCUUCGUUCACAAGCCUGCUCGUAGCUGUGUUGCUGUUCACCAGCUGCCCAAGGGUGUGCCCGUUGAGAUUGAGUGCAUUGCUCUGGAGUAG